GGAGGGUAUAAGUAUGGCCGCUCCGUCCCCCGUUCACGACUUGCAUUUCCCACUAGCUGAGACAACAUCCACUUCAGGAAGUUACUGUCAGCACCACACAAGUCAUUCGACGCUCGGAACGUCUUCAUCGCUGAGUUUCAUACGUCACUGGGACCCGUCCUUCACGCGAUUCUCGCUAAGCCAAAGGUAGCUGAGGUUGUGUACUGCUACAAUCCGAUCGUAUCACUAGCGCCUGGAAGGACACCGUUUUUGAAGCAAUUCUUGCUUCUUCUUGCAGUAGCAUCGACUGACCUUUGCAAACGUUUUUGACGUCAACCGCGACACGCCCUAGCCUCGCUCGCCAGCGCGUCUCUUCACAACAGAUACGAUUUCCCAUCGAACGCCAGUUGAGUUUCUGCGGGGCGUUCCACGUGCAUUUCGGCCCGCGUAAUUCUCGCUUACACACCACCGGGGUAGAAGUUUCGGACAGAUAAGCUCAGCCAGCCAGACGCAGCCUCGGAGAAAUCCCUCAGUGCCGAAAAAGUUUAGAAGCGCCGAUUGAUCUCCGAUUGUACGAGUCUCGCCGCGUCGUUUUUUUGAGCCCUGUGUACCAGCGGUGUGGACCUUUUUUUUUAACUCUGUUUCCCACCUUCCAACAACCAACACGUCUACGAGACAUACUUGGUCCGUUCUGAAAAACGUUCACAUAACCUGUGCCCCAAAAUAAACCACUAAAGUCUUGGUACUUGUCGUCGGUGUGACCAACUUUAUCUAGUUUUUGUCCCCGGAAUUAUUGUCUGUUGUCGUCAUGUCUUUACACGCAUCCUACGUCUUGCCCGCCCGGGCACCCUCUCGUAAGGGCUCUAUGAUCCAUAUGAGCAAGGAUUUGCAAGAGCAAGUGACUCUGCUCGAGCAGCAGUUCUCCGUCAGCACUGAAAAGCUCAAGGAGGUGACGGACCACUUUGUGAAGGAACUCGCCAAGGGUCUGUCGAAGGAGGGGGGUUCUAUCCCUAUGAUUCCCACCUGGGUCAUCGGCUGGCCCAACGGAACCGAAAAGGGCUCGUUCUUGGCCUUGGACAUGGGCGGUACCAACUUGCGUGUUUGUGAAGUCAUCGUCCAAGGCGAGGGCAAGUUCGAUAUCAUGCAAAGCAAGUACCGCAUGCCCCAGGCCUUGAAGACCGGCACCAAGGAGCAACUGUUCGACUUCAUUGCCGAGAGCAUCAAGACGUUUGUGGACGAGAACCAUCCCGACAGCAAGGAGAUGCUUGACCUUGGUUUCACCUUCUCCUACCCCACCGAGCAACACGCUAUCGACCACGGCAAGCUGCUCGCCUGGACCAAGGGUUUCGACAUUCCCGGUGUCGAGGGCGAGAACAUUGUGCCCUUUUUCAACGAAGCUCUUGCCCGCAAGGGUUGCAACAACGUCCGUCUCACCACCAUCAUCAAUGAUACCACCGGUACCUUGAUCGCUUCUCGUUACGCCCACCCCACCUCUCAAAUCGGUGUUAUUUUCGGCACCGGCUGCAAUGCCGCCUACAUGGAGAAAUUUGGCAACAUUCCUAAGCUCGACCACCUCGACUUCGACGCCGAGAUGCCCAUGGCUAUCAACUGCGAGUGGGGUGCCUUUGAUAACGAGCACCUUGUGCUUCCUCGCACCAAGUACGACGUCGAGGUCGACGAGGAGUCUCCCCGUCCCGGCCAGCAAACAUUUGAGAAGAUGGUUGCCGGCUGCUACCUGGGCGACAUCUUCCGUCGCGUGCUCGUCGACCUGCACAAGCAGGGCCUUAUCUUCGUUGACCAAGACAUUACGAAGAUCGAGGAUCCUCUGGCCAUGGAUGCCUCGGUGCUUUCUGCCAUCGAGAUCGAUCCUUACGAGAACUUGAGCGAUGUCCAGGCUCUGUUCGAGAACAACUUCAACAUCUUGACCACCGAGCAGGAGCGCCAGCUCAUCCGCCGCGCCGCCGAGCUCAUUGGCACCCGUGCCGCCCGCCUGUCUGCCUGCGGUGUGAGUGCCCUUGUGCGCAAGGCUGAGAUUGCCUCGUGCACUGUUGGUGCCGACGGCAGUGUGUUCAACCUCUAUCCCCACUUCCAAGAGCGUCUUGCCGGCGCCAUCGGCGAGAUCCUUGGCAGCGAGCAUGGCGAGAAGAUCAAGGCCAUUCCUGCCGAGGAUGGCAGUGGUGUUGGUGCUGCUUUGAUUGCCGCUCUCCAAGCCAAGGGACUCGGUCUCACCAUGGCCACCCUCGAGGCUCGCACGAAGAAGUAAGGAGACAGAAGGACAGGGGGGAUCGUGCAAAACUGCUGCGACCGGCCGCUGCUGCAUGCAGCAGCACACACGGCCGAGUCGGUGCAGACCUAACUGCGUGCUGCCGUCGCGCGUACGGCCUCUGCAAGCCUGUGCCCGUGUCAUAGAGCACUCUUUCUUUUACCACUCGUCCUCCCUCAACCAUGCCGCUUUUCCAAUAGACUUGUGUUUUUUUCUUUACGUUUCGUCUGUUCAGCAGUGCGACCGGGACGGGCAGAGCUGGGGCAUGUGUCUCCGGCGACACAACCGCGCUUGUCGUUGUUGUCGCCGCUGCUGCUACUGCUGUCACUGUCACUGGCAUUGUCAUUGUCAAUGGCACUGUCAUUGUUACACGCACACACACACACCACCUUUUCCCGUUCCGCUCCACUUGCUCGGCUCGUCGCCUGCUCAUCUUAUCUACUAACGUUGCCAUAUUUCCUUCA